AUGACCACACGAGGGGAGCGCAUGCAACAGCGCAUGCGAGGAGCUGGACAUGGCCAGAUUGAGGACGUUUCAUUCCAAUUGGACUUUGGCGAUGACCUCACAACCGACAUCGAAGCACAAACUAGCCCCGAGAGGCCGCCGCCUCGACCGACACCGACCCCGAAUACAUCUGCCAAGCGGCGCAGAUUAGACAGCGAAACAGCGCGGCCUGGCAUCACCGAGGCGAACAAUGUGAGCCAGAUGCAGAAAUCGCCGGGAAAACCCGAUGUCUACGAACUCCAAGAAGAAACCUCUACCGAAUCCGCCCAAGCCGCGGUUCCGCAACCCGCAGCGAGUCCCGAUGCCGUUGUCGAAGCUGGCGACCCGGACUCGGUCAAGUCUCUACCACCACCACGACGCGCUCCAUCAGCGUCGUUUGUUUCACCAGUAUCGAGGAGGAUGACAGCAGAUAACACCGAGGUGGAGGAGAGUCCUGCGGAUGCGCCGGGCAGUGGGAGACGACGGAGGAUCACAACAAGCAGUGCCGUCGCGUCGAGCGCAAGACUACAAGAAGCUCUAUCCCCGGGAGAAAACGCGACAGAGACGGUUCCAAUAUCGUCUCCUUUGGAGCGCAAAGUGCGGCGGAACACGACCAGCACUCGGAGGUCCACACUCAGCUCUCGUGGGAGUCGUAAUUCGGCCGCAUCUGCCAACGAGGACCUGGACGAGCUCUCCCCGGACCGGACAGCAAACUCUGUCGAUCGGACGAGGUCUCCUGAGCUUUCUUAUCAUGCGGAAGCAGAGCCAGAGGAAGUGGUAGAUGAAGCAUCAGAAGUACCUGCCGACGUAUCAGAACGAGCAACAGCGAACAACUCUCAAACCGAGUCGAUACUAGGACCGGAGCUGGACGCGAUCGUUGACGAAGUGCUACAGCAGGAACAGGAUCAUGAUGAAAGCUUGGCAGAGGAAGUGGGCGCGAAAGAAGCAGCUCAACAACUGGGUCGAAAACGACCACGCACGAGUCCACGAAGAUCAUCCCCGGAACCAGAUUCUACGAUAGCUGAAGAGGAGCAAGAACAACCCAUACCGAAGAGGCGAAGGAAACAAGCUCAAAAGAGCCCAGCGAAGCAGAAGCAAGGCAGACCGAAGGCGGCCUCCAAAGGCAAGGCGGCUUCUACAGCGAACGACGCCUCACCCAAAACUGCACAGAAGCGCAGGAAGAAGUCUGGAUCAGAUGGGGUCGAUGAGGCUGUAUCCAUCCCCGUGCAGCGCUUCACAAAACGUGUGCAAGUGGCUGAAGGCGGCGACGACGAAGCAGAUGUGCUCGCUAUGGAUAUCCCUUUCGCCGGGCGCGGCGGUGUGAACACGGUCGACGUGUUGACCCAUAUGUGCGACGAGAUUAUCGACACUAGCAUAGAAACUCUGAAGGAGGGAGUACGUAAUGCCCAAGAUGCAUCCACCAAGAGGGAGCAUCGCGUGCAGCAACGGGCCCUGGAGGCGUAUCAGGACGAGUUGAGGACGCGGCUCCUCCAACAUACCAUUCUCCUCGACACGCUCCACAGCUUGCGCAAGCGAGUACGCAGUGUCCAGAAAGAGAGGAUCACUCUUCGGGACGAAAUUAUGCGCAUCCGAGCCGAGCGAGACCAGGUGGCGCUCCGGAAAGAUGCCGUCAGGAUUAAGCACGAGAGGGUGACGGAAGAAGCACUGAACCAAUUGAGCUUAUCUUCGCAGAUGCAUGACAUUGACAUGGCCGUGGAGCGCGGUCGCGCGGCCCCCGAGUUGAGCCCGGCUGAGAAGAAGACGGCAGAGUUGGCGAACCUCGAGAUUUUGAUAUCUAGAAUUACGGAUCAGGCCUGUACGCGCAGCGACACGGGGGGCACGCUGAAGCAGGUGAAGGAUUUCAACGCGUUUCUCGAACGAGCUGCCGUAGCCCUAGAGGGUCGAUAG